AGACCGAACUUUCUGUCUGGUUAUAGAACCGGUUUGCAAGCUGUAAGACCGGGUUGCUAGCUGUCUGUCUUAUCCAUUACCAAAAGCGGGGAAGAAAUUCUCACCGUAGGAUAAAAGAAAAAGCAAGUUUGAUCCUACGGUUAGAUUUGAAAGUAGGUUUUGCCAAGGACGUGGAUAAAAUGCGUGUUUGUCGUUGGGGAGCAAGAAAGAGCGACGUUCUUCUGGGGAUUUGCAAUAGAGAGAACGUGCUAUGGAAGACCAGUGCAUGGUGAUGUGUGGCGACUGGGUUUGUGGGGAUGGAUGUAAGUGGGAAUUUGUGGUCGACAAAAGGCAGAUGGCACGGCUUGUACCGAUUUCCGAGUCUAUUGCACUGAAAGAACUUCAAGAGAGUGUUUUGCGGGAGUUCGGUAAGGAGGAGAAGCUUUGGGAACCUGUUCUUAGUUACUGGACGCCAACAAGCUUCGAGUUAGCGACGGGGAUUCGAACGCCUCCUGUGCAGCUUACAAGUGAUGGAGCUAUCAAGUACUUUGUUCAGCACGUGAAGGUGAAGGGGGCUAUGAAUCUGUUUGUUAGGUUCGAGAGGAACGUGACGUUUUCUGAGAAGGACAAUGUUGACGACUCGGGGAUGGGUUUUGUAACUCCGGUUGCAUUUGGACCAAAGAGUUCUUCAAAGUUAGGCUCUGGAACUUCGAACGGAGGAUAUGUAUCGACGGGUGCUUCUAAAUCUAACAUUGUUGACUUGCAAGAUGUAGAGUUUCUGAGUGAAGUGGAGAGAGUUGAGGAGGUACUUAAAGGCGGUAGCGAGGGUGGAAAAGGAGAAGCUUUAAGCCAGAGUAGUGUUGGGGAGGAAGAAACUGUGGUGGAAGAAGUGGACGAGCUUGACGUGAGACCUCGAGGUUAUGACGAAGAUUUCUGGAGCCCACUACUGAAAACUGACUACAAAGGUUCGAAUGCUGUUAAUGUCAUCUACAAUGAGGAGGAGAUUGUUGCUGGUUUGACAAAGAGUAGUGGUCCACGGCGUUACACUUGCACCACCAAUGACGCGUUUGACCAUGUUGUUGAAGUCGGCGGUAGUAGCAGUGGUGUAAAUUUGCCAAAAGAUGAGGACUUUGGCAAACAGAACCCAUGGCUGCAUGGCGUGGAUGAGGGUGUUGGUGUGGACAGGCAGAGGAGGUCGUCCACAAGGAAGCUAGAUCAAGUUGAUGAUGAAGAGUUUGAUAUCCCUCCUCUGUUUGAUGAUACUAGCUAUGCCGCAGCAGAGAUUCCGGACAUGGAUUUAGAUGAGAGAGAUGGAAGGAUACAUGUUGGGAAGGUUUUUGGUAACAAAGAAGAUUGUCAGAUAUCGUUGGCGAUAUAUGCAAUCAAAAACCAAUUCCAUUUCAAACAAACGAGAACAAAGGUUGAUUCUUUUGUUGUGGAAUGUCCAGAUGAACACUGUGACUGGAGAGUUACAGCUCAUGAGAUCAGGGGGUGUGGUUAUUAUGAGAUAAGGAAAGCUCAACUUGAUCAUAGUUGUCCCAUCGAGUCAAGGCAGGGGUAUAAGAGCAAAGCUACUUCGCGGGUUAUUGCGGCAGUUUACAAAGCUAAGUUUGGGGAACCUGGUAAAGGACCAGUGCCUGCGGAAUUACAGAGGCUAGUGCUCGAGGAUCUUCGAGUGACUGCAUCGUACAUGAAGUGCUAUAGGGCGAAAGAGAAAGCUAUCAUGGACAUUCGUGGAUCAGAAGAAGACUCCUACUUGAAGCUGCCAGAGUAUUUGCACAUGUUAAAACUUGCAAAUCCUGGCACGGUUGCUGAUCUGGAGACUGAGGUGGAUGAGGAUGGAGAUGAGCGAUUUCUUUAUAUGUUCCUUGCGUUUGGGGCGUCCAUAGAUGGGUUUAAAAAGCUGCGUCGUGUCCUGGUGAUAGAUGGUACACACUUAGGAGGGAAGUACAAGGGAGUGCUGUUGACUGCAAGUGGACAAGAUGCAAACUUUCAGAUCUUUCCUCUUGCUUAUGCUAUUGUGGACAGUGAAGAUACAGAAGCGUGGACAUGGUUUCUACAAAAGGUUGAGCGUAUAUUGGCUGAUUCCCCAAGUCUUGCCAUUAUAUCUGAUCGUGCAACAUCAAUUUCUAAUGCUGUGAAACGUGUCUAUCCAUCUGCUCAACAUGGGGCGUGCAUUGUCCACUUAGCAAGGAACGUUAACUCCCGCUACUCGAGCAAGAACUUGGCGAAGAUGGUGACUGCUGCUGCAACUGCAUACAGACAACGGGACUACAGGGAGCUGUACGCUAAGGUCAGAGCAACUAACAGUGCAUGCGGAGUUUAUUUGGGGAAUAUCGGUGUGGCUCAUUGGUCGCGGUCGAACUUUGCGGGUGAGCGCUAUAAUAUCAUGACUAGCAAUAUAGCUGAGCAGCUUAACAACGCUUUGAGGGAAGGGAGGACGUCACCAAUAAUGGAGUUGGUGAUAUUCAUUCAAAGGAUGAUGACAAGGUGGUUCUGUGCUAGGAGAAAGAAAGCAGAGAAGCAUAGGGGGGUUGUUAGCGUGGAAGUUGAUAAAGAGAUGACCUCUAAUAUGGCAACAAUGAAGGGUAGUAAAGUGAACUCUGUCUCGAAUUGGACUUGUGAAAUUGUGGGAAAAUUUGGAGGAAAGGAGCGUGUGAUGCUUGCUGAGAAGCAAUGUAGCUGCAAGUAUUUUGAUAAAAUAAAAAUACCUUGUGGCCAUGCUAUGAUAGCUGCUGACAGUUUGGGAGUGACUUAUGAAACAUUGGUGGGUCACUGGUACAAGACUUCGACUUGGAGGGAGACAUAUGGUGGGAUAAUUAAUCCAGAGGGAGAUCCUAGGGAUGUUGAUGUUCCGGAACACGUUAAGAAUAUGGUGUUAAUGCCGCCCUUGACGACGAGGCCAGCUGGGCGUCGUAGGAAGAACAGGAUUCCUUCAACUGGUGAAUUUCCGGUUGCGAAGAAGACAAAGCUGGUUCCAAAUAAGUGUGGGAGGUGUCGUUGUGAAGGGCACAAUAGGACCCGUUGCACAAACCCAAUAUAGAGAUUGAGGCAGUGGGAGGGAGUUUUUGUUCGAAGUCAUUACUUGGCUAGCACAUUAUCGUAUGAAUAAGUUUUUGAAUAAGAAACGAACUUGAUCAUGUAAUGUUAUGAGUGGUUUUGUGACAUUUGAGUUGGAGAAGUAUUAUGGUUUGAGUUGUUUAGUGGUAAAGACUAUUACUUUGCUAUUGUAUUUGAGAGGAUAAUUGUGUUUGCAUUGAUUAAGGUUUAUUUGGUAUUCCUGGUGGGGUUA